AUGCCGGCAUAUAAGCGCGCGGGUGACUUUGCACGUGAGGUGCGAACCCGGCGAAAAUUCGAAAUAGGUUUUCCAGUUACAACACAUCCAAUGUCUGCACCAGAAACGGCCACCGCCACGCCAGAUGUAGGCGCUAGCGACCACACAGUGAAGCCAGAAGACGGAUCUGAUUCCGAAAAUCCCACAGUAGAUAUGGAAAGAAUAAUGUCGUCGUUCCAGGAAAAGGCAAAAUCGUACCUCAUAGAACAGGCUUCUCACGUUGUUAUUCCAUCGUUUGCCAAGUGGUUCAACAUGAACGAGGUCCACAGCAUCGAGAAAAAGCUGUUUCCUGACUUUUUCCCUCAGGAAACUCAGCGCAAGAGUGUUUACAAAACGCCUCAAACAUACAGAAACAUGCGUGAUUUUAUGAUAAACGCUUACAGAAUCAACCCGUUGGAGUACUUGACGAUCACAGCUAUCCGCCGGAAUGUUGCUGGAGACGUGUCCAGUCUCAUUCGGAUCCACCAAUUUUUGGAAAAAUGGGGUUUGAUCAACUACCAAAUCGACCCUCGUACCAAACCAACCAUCGUGGGUCCUCAGUACACUGGCCAUUUCCAGAUCACUCUCGACACACCCAGGGGUCUAGUUCCGUUGCUUCCGGAGAAUAGUGAUGUCAAACUGGCGGAAAGUUUGCCUACUCCCAAACCAGACGACGCAGAAGAACAAGAAGAAACUCUAGACCAUAAGGCCAUCCCCUUAAAUCUCGAGGUGCGCCGCAACAUAUACGCUUCUGGGGGUAACUUUGACCCCAAGAAUGCCCCGAAAAACAUCAUUCAGUAUUUUUGUAACAUAUGUGGAAACGAGAGCAGCGAGAUUCGCUACCACAACUUGAAGUCCAAGUCCUACGCCAACAACCCCAAUGUUACCAUGAACAGCGCCAGCGUUUUGUGCCAAACUUGUUACGAGCAGGGUCUUUUCCCCUCCAAUUUCCAGGCGGCCGACUUUCUCAAGCUCACCAAGGCAGACGAGGCUAAGCCAGGAAUCUGGACCGAACAGGAAACUUUGCUCUUGUUGGAAGCCAUAGAGAUGUUUGGCAGUUACGAUCCUGCCAACAACUCCAAUCCUCACAUGCUGCUCAAUUCCAACGCCAACGGACAAUGGGAUAAGAUUGCCGAGUAUGUAGGCACCAAGAGCCGAGAGCAGUGUCUUCUCAAAUUUAUUCGUCUUCCCAUCGAAGACCAGUACUUACCGCAAGUUGUCAAAAGAGAGGAAAAGGUCAAGGGUAUCGACCGCAAGGAGUUGAUCCAGGAUGUGGUUUCUCAUAUUGUUUCUUCCCAACAAGGAGUGGACACUGUGCGGGAGAACGCUCGUAAAAACAAAGAAGAAAUGAUCUCAGACCAAACCAAUAUCAUCAACCAAAUCAUCGAGCUUACCGUCGAGAAAGUCCAGGUGAAGUUAGAGAGAGUGCACGAGUUGGAAAAAACUCUUGUUGAAACCGAGAAACUUUUGAACAACGAGAGAAAGCAGGUACUCUAUGAGCGGUGGACCCAUUUGGAAAAAAUUAACCAGUUCAAGAAAAACCAUCAAGAUUCAAUUACUCCAGAGUUGAACGAACUUCUUUCAUCCUUGAGUAUUCAGUCCGACAUUGUUGAGGUGGAAAAAGCGUUCAGCAAUGGACUCAAAAAGCCUCUUGACGGCUCUACCAUGGAUAUCGAGUCUGCCGACAACAACUCAGACGAUAGAUUACCAGUUAGCGUCGCCGAACCCAAGAUGUACCAAUUCUGGUCCGCUUGA